UUUUGUUUCCAAAUACAGUUCCCCGUUACUCAAAAACAGUUCACCGCCGCAGUUCUCCAUUUCCAAAGAACCCCUCCCGUAGAUCCAAGGCGUCUUCUCCGUACGGCGACCUCUGCAACCCCCUCGUCUUCUCCGUCUGCCGCCGCCGAUCAUCCAUCUGCUGAGUUUUCCGGCCUUGAUUGGUUGAUUAAAUGUAGAUGUUUGGAAGGCCACCUACUGCUACUGCUACUGCUACUACUACCACUACAAGGUUGGUUUAUUGUUGGGGUGCGAAAUUGAUAAAAAACUCUCAUGUUCACCCUAUUGGUAGAACUCAAUUUGUUAGACUCAAGUCGGCGGUUUCAGCCGUUGCUUCCGAGUUAAGGAGGCCUCCUCCUUACUACUUGCCUGGCUUAGUUGCUUCUGACGAAGACGAAGAUAUAAUUUGUGCCCAUAAAAACAGCGGCAAUGGCGUGGGUAACGCUUUGGGGCAAUCGGAUACUUGCAAGGUUGUUGAAAUCUUGAACAGUUUGAGAGAAGAACCAUGCCAUGCACUCUCAUUCUUUGACCAGCUCAAGGAACAAGGUUUUGUGCAUAAUGUUAGCACUUACAUGGCCAUUAUUAGGAUAUUGUGUUAUUGGGGUAUGGAUAUGAGGUUGGAUUCUAUCUUAUUGGGGGUUAUCAAAUCCAACGACAAACAUUUGGGUUUCAAAGUUUCUGAUUUAUUUGAAGCACUAAUCGAGUGGAUUGAAGCAAAGGGCCCGGAGUCGUUGAUACGGGCGUUUGAUGCAUUGGUAAAGGCUUACGUUAGCAUUGGCAACUUUGAUGAAGCCAUUGAUACUUUGUUUCAGACGAAGAGGCGUGGUUUAAUUCCUAACAUAAUGACCUGUAACUUUCUUUUGAAUUGUUUGAUUGAGAGCAGAAAAAAUGAUACGGCUGUGGCUGUCUUUCGGCAAUUCAAGCGGCUUGGUUUGAGCCCCAACGACUAUAGCUACUGCAUUGUGAUUAAGGCACUCUGCAGAAAAGGUAGUUUGGAAGAGGCUGCUGACAUUUUUCAAGAGAUGGAGGAAGCUGGUUUGACCCCAAAUGCCUUCACGUAUACAACCUAUAUUGAGGGGCUCUGCUUGCAAGCGAGGUCAGACUUGGGGUAUGAAGUGCUCAAAGCAUGGAGGGAGCAAAAUAUUCCAAUUGAUGUGUUUACUUAUUUUGUAGUUAUUCGUGGAUUUGUUAACGAGUCGAAGUUAAAAGAAGCUGAGUGUGUGUUGCUUGAUAUGGAUGAACAUGGAGUGGUUCCAGAUGCAUACUGUUAUGGUUCCUUAAUCCGUGGGUAUUGUAAGAUUGGGCAUAUACUUAAAGCUUUGGCGCUUCAUAAUGAAAUGGCAACAAAGUGUAUCAAAACCAAUUGCGUGAUUGUUGGUGUGAUUCUUCAAUGCUUGUGCCAAAUGGGCAUGGCUGAUGAGGCAGUGGACCAGUUCAACAACUUCAAGGAGUUAAGGAUAUUCCUUGAUGAGGUGGCAUACAAUAUUGUAGUUAAUGCAUUAUGCAAACUGGGAAAAUUAGAAGCAGCAGUCGGGUUGCUUGAUGAGAUGAAGAGUAAGAAGAUGAGUUUGGAUGUUGUGCACUAUACUACUUUAAUUGGUGGAUACUGUCUUCAAGGAAAACUUCUUGAUGCCUUGAAACUAUUUGAGGAAAUAAGGGAAAAAGGUUUGAAACCUGACAUAGUUACUUACAACGUACUGGCUCUUGGGCUUUCGAGAAAUGGACUUGCACAAGAGGCCUUAAAUCUUUUGGAUUACAUGGAGGGACAAGGAUUGAAAGCGAGCGUUGUUACCCAUAAAAUGAUCAUUGAAGGCUUAUGCACAGGAGGGAAGGUCAAGGAAGCUGAAAUUUUUUUUAAUGGUUUGGAAGAAAAGAAUCUAGGCCAUUGUGAUGCCAUGGUCAAUGGCUACUGUGAAGCAGGCAAUACAAGAGAGGCUUAUGAACUCUUCAUUAAGCUGCCCAAGCAAGGUUUUUCAUUGAGUAGGAGUUCGUGCUUAAAACUUCUAAGUAACCUUUGUAUAGAAGGUGAGAAUGAUAAGGCUCUUGCACUAUUUGAGGCAGUUCUGGCUUCAGAUGAUGCCCCUUGUAAAAUAAUGUACAGCAAACUCAUGGCUGCUUUUUGUAGCUCUGGAGAUAUGAGAAAGGCCCAGUGGGUGUUUGAUACAAUGGUUCGGACUGGGAUAACUCCUGAUGUUAUUAACUACACCAUGAUGAUAAAUGGUUAUUGUAGGGUUAAUUGCUUGCGGGAAGCUUGUGAAGUUCUCAAGGAUAUGAAGGGAAGGGGUAUUGAACCAGAUGUUAUCACUUACACAGUUUUAAUUGAUGGGCAUUCUAAAGAAAAAAUGAAGAAGGACCGCUGCCUUCCAAAUGCAAAAGGGAGCAAAGGAGAACAGAAUGAGGUUGCCACUUUGUGGAGUGAAAUGAAAGAGAUUGAACAAAAACCUGAUGUUAUUUCGUAUACGGUUUUGAUUGAUUGUCAUUGUAAAUCAGACAACCUUGAGGAUGCUGCUGUCCUUUUUGAUGAAAUGAUUGAUAGGGGUCUAGAACCGGACAAUGUGACGUACACAGCUCUCCUACGUGGCUAUUGUCGUCAGGGAUACGCGGAUAGGGCUGUAACCCUUCUUAAUGACAUGAUAUCUAGGGGGAUUCAGCCGGAUUCCCAUACCAUGUCAGCGUUGCACCAUGGAAUAUUACAGGCCAAGAAGGUGCAGUUUUGUCACUGAGGACUGAGAAAAACUUUGGCUAGACAAAUCAGUACCAUGGCAGUGUUGUAACAUUGCUUGUUAAAGGCCAAGAAAGUGCAGCUUUGGCAUGAAGGACCAGUGGAGGAUGAGGAUGGCGGUCACUAUUGAAUUGUGAUUCCAAAAUUGGGUUGAAGAGGUUGUCUUUUUAUCUCCACAGUAGAUCCUUUCGUGGCAACAUUCGGUCCUACCGAACUGUAAUGAUGUCAUUCACCAUAUGCCAGGAAAGGUACAUGACAAGAAAAAUGUUGGACCAAGACUGUUUUACGGAUUGCUCCUGCAUUUUGUGUGUCGCUAUUUCUGAGGCUUUUUAUUACAUGUUUCAUCUUGCUACGCACCACAAAUAAAGCAGAAGCAAGAUGAUAUUCCUGGGGAUAUUCAGCAUGUUGAUUCAGUAAAUGGAAUUUCAUAUAGUCCAAAUGCAGAUGAUGUCUCGCACUCUGAAUCUAUGCACAGAGUGGACAUGAAUCUAUGCACAGAGUGGACAUGACAGUUACUGCCUCUUCACCUGAUGCUACUGAAACUUAUGGUUCCAUGUAUACAAAAUCUCCUGAUUCCAUUGAUGAGUCAAGGAAUGGUGGGAGUGAUGCUUCAAGCAGUGGAUCCCCAUUGUUCCAGCUGAGGAAGGAUGCUACAGUAUUUGUUUCACAGACCUUGCACAGAGGUCACAAGAAUCUUUGGCAACUAACAAGAAGCCGCGUAUUAGUGUUGCUUUCCUCUGCUGCAGUUUGUUCAUUGAGCAUCCAUCAAUUUUUGAGAAAUUAUGAAGAUCUGAAUGUCUUCAUCUUGGAUGGGGAAGCUUUUUGUGGUUCCGAAGCAGUUGAGUUCAGACAGAAAGUGAAGGUGUUUGUGGAAACUAUUUUGUUGCUUUUCAUCGGCAAAAUAUAUAU